AUGGCGUUUUGCGCCCCUCCCAAGUAUCGCUUCACUCAUCUGAAGCCUUCGACUUCAACCCAUGUGGUUCUGGAAGCGCCAGAGUUAUUGCCCCUAACGGGGCAUGAUGAUGUGUUCCUCUACACGAGAUGCUCGCCCCACUUUGCCGCCGUGAGCAAGGUCUGGAAUUGGAACAACACGGCUGAGCCGCUCGCAGUAGCUCGUUGCUUCUCCAUAUCAGCUGUGCAGAGAGUGAUUCGCUUCUGCUCGGGACAAACCCCGAAUGGGCAACAGGCGGGACGACAGAUGCCCUUUGUCGUACGCUCCGGUGGCCACGAUGCGUUUAAUCGGUCGACUAUCCAGCAUGGCUUGAUGUUGGACGUCCGCGGCCUCGACUCAAUCACCCUCUCGUCCGACCGGCAGUCUGUGACAAUCGGAGGAGGUGUCAGCGGCGGCAAUCUGAUCAAUUUCCUCGACGAACAUGGCCUCAUAACACCUAGCGGAUAUUGUAAUACUGUGGGUUACGUAGGCUGGGCGGCUGGCGGUGGUUACGGCGUGCUCGCCGGGCCUUACGGUCUAGGAGUCGACCAAAUCUCGGGGGCAACCUUGGUCGACGCCAAAGGGAAUCUUGUCGAUACAGAUUCUGACCCGAAUCUCUUGUGGGCUCUUCGCGGGGCAGGUACUGGGAACUUUGGCGUCGUUGUCAGCAUGCGCGUCAAAGUAUAUGAGAGGCCGCCUUACCUAGGCGGAAUGAUACUCUUUCCUGGUUCUGAGAUUGGUCAGGUAAUGACUGGGCUACAGCAAGUUACGGAGGAGGUGGGAUCCCCUGAUGAAUUCAGUGGCGAUUGCACAGUGGGCCAGAUGCCAGGAUUGGGCGCUGUUGUCGCCAUCAUAUUUUCAUGGGCCCAAAGACAUGGAUGUGGUAGUGAUCCCCUCAAAAGAGCACGAGAAGUACUCAGCAGAUGCGAGGGUUUAGGCACCGUAUUGCUUAACACUGUUGAUGAAACAACACCAGUCGCCUUGAUGAGCACUAUGCAGCCAAUGACCUCGGCGCCAAUGAAAGCCAGGAUGCAGACCUUUACCGUCUCCGGAUUGAGCAAGAAGUUGGCAGCAAUACUAGCUCAGAGUCCAGUUCCAAGCAAUUCAUCCAUGGUUAUCAUUCAUCGCAGCCACGGCGCCGCAACGUAUCCUCACUCAACACACUGCGAGGAUCCAGUAACGAGUACCUCUUGCAUGCCAAACCGAAAACCGCAUACAAUUCUUUGCAUAACGGGGAGCACGGUUCCUGGGGGCGAGGGCGGGAUACCUGAAACUCCCGGCGAAUAUAAAAAAGUGUCAGCAUGGGUUGAGGAGAUCUCGCAAAGGAUUGUGCAAUCAGGGAUCGCGUUGCCACGGACCUAUGUUAGUUGGACAACGAACGAGGAGGCUGACACCCGUCGCUUAUACGGCGAUAAGAUAGCCGAACGGUUGAAGGAUCUCAAGCGCAUCUACGAUAGUCACAAUCUUUUCAGCACCGCUUAUCCCAGCCUCGCGUAA